AUGGCCGGGUACCGGCCGCUUGGCGUUGUGGGCGCCAUCACGCCGUGGAACUUCCCGCUGAUGCUGAUGACGUGGAAGAUUGCGCCUGCGCUUGCGAUGGGCAACACAGUGGUGCUCAAGCCUGCGUCGUACACGCGGCUCUCGGCGCUGCUCUUUGCGCAGAUCUGCGUGGAGGCCGGGCUCCCGCCUGGCGUGAUCAACAUUGUGACGGCGUCCGGGCGUGUCGGGUCUGCGCUCGCAGACCACCCGGGCAUCGACAAGGUGGCGUUCACCGGGUCGACGCCGAUCGGGCGGCUGCUGCGGCGGCGGAUUGCGGGGUCAGGCAAGAAGAUCUCGCUGGAGCUUGGCGGCAAGUCGCCGAUCAUUGUGUUUGACACUGCCGACAUUGACUCUGCCAUCGAGGGCUGCGUCGACGCCAUCUGGUUCAACCAGGGCCAGGUCUGCUGCGCGGGCUCGCGUCUGCUUGUGCAGGAGAACAUUGCGGCCAAGGUGGAGGCCAAGCUCAAGGCGCGGAUGGACCACUUCCGCAUUGGGCAUCCGCUGGACAAGUGCAUCGACAUGGGCGCGCUUGUGGACGAGUCGCAGUACGAGACGAUUUCGUCGUUUGUGGAGGGCGCGAUUGCCGAGGGCGCCAACGUGUACAAGGCCAAUGUGCCUGUGCCGUCGGAGGGCUGGUACUGGCCGCCGACUCUCAUCACCAACGUGGCGCCGACAAACGCGUGCGUGCGCGAGGAGAUCUUCGGCCCGGUCCUCACCAUGAUGACGUUCCGCAACCCGAAGGAGGCUGUGGCCCUGGCCAACAACACCAUGUUUGGUCUCGCCGGUUCGGUGUGGUCGGAGAACAUUGCGCUCGCGUCCGAGGUGGCGACGCAGAUCAAGGCCGGCACCAUCUGGGUCAACUCGCACAACCUGUUCGACGCUGCGGCCGGGUUUGGCGGCUACCGCGAGUCCGGCUUUGGCCGCGACGGCGGCAAGGAAGGGCUGUACGAGUACGCGACGCCGGCCUGGCUCCCGGUUCGCCCGGCGCCCGAGCUCAACUUCCCGGUCUCGGAGGACGACAUUGUGUGGGACCUGCCUGCGCCGUCGCGGCCCGCGUCGGUGGCGGCAUCGUCGGCCUCGGUCGACCAGGCCAUCCUCGGCGUCAUGCGCGUCGACCGGACGCAGAAGGUCUUUAUCGGCGGCAAGCAGAAGCGGCCGGACGGCCAGUACUCCAAGGCCAUCCUCGACCCCGAGGGCGGGCUCAUUUCCGAGGUGGCUGACGCCAACCGCAAGGAUGUGCGUAACGCUGUCGAGGCUGCGCACAAGGCCGCGCCCGGCUGGAGCAAGCGUGCCGCCCACAACCGCGCGCAGAUCUGCUACUUUGUGGCUGAGAACCUCAUGCGCCGGUCCGACGAGUUUGCCUCGCGCAUCGUCGUCCAGACCGGCCGCUCGCUCGAGUCGGCCGAGGACGAGGUCAAGGCUGCCAUUGAGCGCCUCUUCUACUACGCCGCGUACGCCGACAAGUUUGGCGGCACGGUCAAGGAGACUUCGUUCUACGGCGUGACCAUCUCCACCAACGAGGCCGUCGGCGUGGUCGGCAUUGCCUGCCCCGACGAGUACCCGCUGCUUGGCUUUGUCUCGCUCGUCGCGCCCGCCGUCAUCCGCGGCAACACCGUCGUUGUCGUCCCGUCGCAGGCCCAUCCGCUCUGCGCCACGGACCUCUACCAGGUCUUCGAGACUUCGGACCUGCCUGGCGGCGUCAUCAACAUCCUCACCGGCCACCGCGACCUCGUGACCAAGACCCUCGUCGAGCACUGGGACGUCGACGCUAUGUGGUACUUUGGCUCCGCCGAGGGCUCCCGCAACGUCGAGUACUCGGCUGCCAACAACAUGAAGCGGACUUGGGUCAACUACGGCGACUUUACCCGCAACUGGAUGGACAACAAGCAGGGCCAGGGCGUCGAGUUCCUCUUCCACGCCACCGAGCCCAAGUCCAUCUGGCUUCCCAUCGGCGAGAUGUAGAGUCCUGCUCUCUCUCUCUCCAAUCUAAACUCACGUCUGUGCGGCAA